UGGCGUGUUUAGGACGUGGCAGUCAUGGCUCGUGCUCGUGCCAAAACAGCGAAAAGUAUUAAUCAUAAAAAUCAACAAAAUCAUUUCAAAUUGGGAAUAACUGAAACUCGUAGUUCUAAUCAAAUAAAUACGUACAGAAAAAUUGAUUUACUCGUGAAAAUAUAUCAUUUGAUUGUGGGUUCAGUGUAUCGCAGAUUCCUAAAACGAGGCUUUCUAUUUCUUAAUGCUUGUCUUGGAAUUCAACAAUUUUCAGGAACACCAAUUGAAGCUUUUAUGAGGUCAAUUGCUGCUAUUAGAUUUCUAACCAGUUCAAGUCGAUCUCAUCUCAAAUUAAGGUCCCGAUAUCGGCAACACAACUUAUACGUCGAGUCAACAUGUCCGAGUAGCAAACUUUUGAUUUAUAACGUUAAGGAUGGCUGGGGACCAUUGUGCAAAUUUCUAAAUAAGAAAAUCCUGGACAAACCUUUCCCAAGGGAAAACAUUAAAGCCGAAAUGACCCACAAACUGUUGGCCAAUAAAUGGGAACACGAUUGUGGAUUGAUGGAGGAUUUACACAGACGAUUCACAAUACUAUUGGGAACACUGGUUUUCCUAAUAAUCGCGAUUAUAUCUUAUGUUGUUAUGAAAGAUUUUGAAAAUUAAAAGUCCCUUUUCAAAUAUAUUUAUAUAUACAUCGCCAAUUCUGAGUAUUUAUGAACAGUGCUUCAUAGAUUCAAAUGAUUCAAGCCUCAAAGUGACUCUCCGACCACCUGAACGUGAUUUAACUUUUUCAAUUCCGCCGGAACCUGAAAUUAAGGACCGAUCCUGAAAAGUCGUGCCGAAAAAGCAUUGGGAUGGGACAAGAUGGUAUUCUACCAGAAUAGCUAGCUUAUAUAUUUAUCCGCCAGCAUGUCUGGAACUGCGGUCAGAAAUUUUCAAACGCCUGGUAAUAUGGAUUUCUGUUGUUCAAUCCCACUGGGACAAUCUCAAGAAUAAAUACCGUUGGCACACAUAUGUUCCAAAAGGGAAAAAUAUGAUGAGAAACAACAUUAAUCCAUGUCAGAUACCUUAUACACUCAAUCUGAUUUGUUUUCAAUAAUUAUUAUAAAUCGGCAUUGGGAGGGUAUUAAGCCUCGGAAAAAAUUUUGGGAAAGUUUUUGAAGAGUAAAAUACGAUUUACCUCCCCGAUUAAUGUCGUAUUAAAAAUUGUCGAAAACUCUCUAACUUUUUUUUGCUAUAAAUUUUGAUAAAGAGUAAUGAUACCGAUGUAUAUGUUGUCGAAUACAUGAGUAAUCCCAGUUUGAUAUGAUGAAAUAACGUUGAUUAACGUGAGAUGGAAAGUUUCGUGUCAUAAUGUGAAGGGGACUCAUAUUUUUUUCUUUCGCUCGAGCCUCUGACUCAAGGCUCGGAUAACCCGUGACCCGCGACUGGACGCUACUGCAGGGCCUCCCACUCAACACUGAUAUUAAAGAAAUUGAAAAUAUGUAAAUUCAAAGCAUUUUAUCAUAUAUAUUAUAUUUAACUCAUUACUAUUCAGUUGUAUUAUGGCAAAUAAAUGGGAUGUCCCGGGAAUUUACAAACUUGUUGAGCGUCUCAGACUUUCAAGCCGCGAAAAUUAACUUUGUUUUCAUAAUUUCAACAUGGAAUUGGGUACAUUUGGGGAUUAAUUGCUACAGUAUUAAACUCGUUACAAUAAUGUGAUGCAAUGUUUAAAAAAUAGAUAAAAUUAAAAACAUAAAUACAAAACAUUUUCUACAAAAUCAUAUUAACAUCCAAAAAUAUUCAUUGGAAUUGUAACAGGAAAAUUUGACAAUUAGUGGUAUUUGUUUAAUUAAUGUAA